GGAUACUUUGCAUCUACCUGCCUACCUGCAUACAUAAAAGAGGUAAGAAUUGUAUUGCACAACCCAAUGAGAGAGAUUGUAUCGUAUAGAACGGUUUUUCGACGACACGGAUCCUUUUGUGAACUCUAGAUUUCCUUACCAAUCGAUUUCAUUAAUCUUACCAUCCAUCCAUCCAUCCACCCAUCUAUUCGAUUUCAAUACAUACACAAGCGACAUUACCAAUAUUCCAAGAUCUUCUCCGGGGCUGCAGUUUUCCCUUUCCCUUUCCCUCUCUCUUUCUCUUUCCCUUCCCGAGCUGCCCCAUCCCGUUUGACUUUGCGCUAAACAAGGACUUUGGGUUGAAUUAACCUUGAUUUAAGGAACGAAAGCUAUCACAGCUAUCAAAGCUUACUUUGCUAGCGACCUAGGUGGAGGAUAGCGCUGCCGUCUCAACCUAGUUUCGCUCAAAUGCUCCAAUCACGAUAGAGGGACAAGGAAGCCACGGUGCAAUCAAAGGUACUAUUCUUCUCCACAUCGCCAUCAGCCACUGUGCCGGGCGAAAUAAAUACGAUUCACUCAUUUCCAGCCUCAAGUUUCCUUCUUUCCUUUGGCUAUUCACGAACUUACCUUUCCUCUUCCUUCUUUUUCUCCUUCUCCUCCUUCUCCCUCUCCUCCUUCUCCUCGACCUCCUACACUUUCUCUUCCGCCAUCCUCUAUCGAUAUCACCUAAAAAACGGCAAACAUGGCGGGAUCUACAAUAAUGACAACCUUACUGCUGAGCUCCUCGCUUUUGAGCUCUGCAGGCGCAAACACCGUUCAAAUGUCAAUCGCCAAAAACCAUGCCAAUGAAGCAGAACAAUUACAAAGGCGCCAGCAACACCUCCAGCGACGAGGUAUGGGAGAGGCGAUGCGCGUUGAAGAAAGGGCAGAUACAGUCACGGCGAAUUUAGGAAAUGCUGUGACCAGUGGAUUAUAUUAUGCAAAUGUUACAGUGGGGACACCGGCACAGGCGCUGAGUUUACAAAUCGAUACGGGUAGUUCUGAUGUUUGGGUACCAAGUUCGAGCGCGAGCAUUUGUGAGGAUACCAGAGAUGGGGGGUGUCCGGGUGGGAGUUUUGAUUUUUCUGCGUCCAAGACUUUUCUCGACGUAGAUCAAGAUGCUUUCAACAUUUCAUAUGUAGAUGGAACUGGGUCCACUGGAGACUAUUUCCAGGAUACAUUCUCAAUUGGUGGAGCAACUGUCAAAGGUUUCACGAUGGGUUUGGCUACAGAUACUUCUAUCCCGAUUGGAAUUAUGGGCAUUGGAUACAAUAGCUCCGAGGCAAACAUUCAGACUGGAAAUGGGACUACGUACCCAAAUUUACCGAAUGUAAUGGUCUCUUCAGGAUUGAUCAAAACAAAUGCCUAUAGCUUGUGGUUGGAUGAUUUACAAUCCAGUACAGGCUCAAUAUUGUUCGGCGGUAUUGAUACAGAGAAAUACAUUGGCGAUUUAGUCACAGUCGAUGUCUACCCAAGUUCUCGCGAAGGAUCAGUAACAUCCUUCACUGUAGCUUGGACUUCUCUCUCGGUCCAGUCCUCGUCUGGAACUGAUCAAUUGACCCCUACCGAUUUUGCUCGCCCAGCAAUCCUCGAUUCUGGAACCACGAUUACCCUUCUGCCCGAUGACGUUGCCGCUCUUGUUUUUGAGGAGCUCGGAGCAACAGUCUCUCAACAAAUUGGUGCGGUAGUAGUUCCAUGUGCUCUAGCCAAGAAGAAUGGUACCAUAAACUACGGUUUUGGGGGAGUGGGUGGCCCCACCAUCAAGGUGGAUGUAUCACAACUCGUAUUGCCUCUUACCACAACCGAUGGGCGUACACCAACUUACAAUAAUGGUGACCCAGCUUGUCAACUUGGUAUUCAGGCAGCUGGUUCGAACCCCACGCUUUUCGGCGAUACGUUCUUGAGAUCAGCAUACGCUGUCUACGAUCUCGACAAUAACAGAAUUGGACUUGCGCAAACCAACUUUGACGCUACUGGAUCCAAUAUCGUACCAUUCGCAAGCGCAGGUGCAGCUAUCCCAAGUGCAUCGAGUGCACCAAACGAAGAAGCUGUUACACAAACAGCCUCUGGAGUCCCAAGAGUUGGUGUAACACCUACUGCGACGGGAACUGGUCAGGCAACUUACAACCCCACUGCCACAGGCUUUAAUGCCGAAGAAGGAUUUACUUCAACGGCAUCAGCAACCAGCUCUUCGAAAAAGUCUGCAGGGUCAGGAGGUCCUGCACCAUUUGAAUGGGCUAGAGUUUUCGUUGGUGGCUUUGCUACAACAAUGGUUGCUGUUGGGGGUGGUAUCUUUACUCUUCUAAUUUGAUAAAGUUUGGAUGAUAGAACAAACAGCGGAGGCAAUACAUAAACAAAAUACAUUGUAUAUUAUACACUUACACAGCCUUGUGUAAUUUUACGAAGCAAUACGAAAGGGAUAUCAUAUUUGGCGCAACGAGUCUGUUUUUUUUUGGAAGCGAUGACAUUGAUGGAUGGAUAUAUGUGCUCGGGUGGUUUAUAUUGAGCAUAGAAGGAGACGUAUUUAGUUGAACAGGAAGACGAAAUAUGGAUAAAGAAACAUGCCCUUCAAACAUCAGUUCAAAUGUACUUGCA